GUUCGUACAACAUUUUGGAAAUCUCAAAAGCGAUUUGUUCUAACUACGUGUGGUUCUCGAAGAAACAUCAUCGAUAAAAAAUAAAAAUUAUAUCGGAUGAAAUGGCGGGCAAUAAUAUUUGGUGACACAUUUUAUAGGCCCACAUAAGAACGCAUGAGGUUCCAUAGAGAACUUUAGAGAGGGCCAAUUCAGUUCUUUAAACACGAUUUAUUGCUAAAUCAAGAGUUGAAUUAUAAAACUGAGUGGUGUGUGAAACAUGAAAUAGAUAAUGUUGGCUAAAUAUUAGAAAAACGGAAACCUAGGUAAAAUAAAAUUGCCGUUUUCUGCGGGGGAAAAGGACAUGUGACCUACAAAAGGCGGCUUGCAAGACAAAAGAGGAGCUAUUAUUGGUGGGCCGAUUGCAACGGAAGCACAUCCACAAACGUGUGCACAUUGACAACUAACGUCAAUAGAGGGCAUCAAUCAACUUAUUAAAUUUGGCGGGAUAUUAAAACAAGUAGAAGCAAAACAACUUGAAAACUUGUCACAGGUUUGGUCACGCUUAUUCGUUAGAUGUUCUACUCUUAAAUUAAUGAAAUGGCAAAUCUACGAGCUCACGUCGUUCCUGCGGAACGUCGUCGCGGAAUGGUUCUAGUCUGUGACGGCUACAGAUACCAGAGAAAUAAAACUAUUGCAGGAACAAAAAUCUACUGGCGGUGCAGUUUGCCAGCAUGUAGAGUCCCAAUACAGACCAACGAUUUUGACCCAGAUGGUGAAGUCAUCUUACUCGGCAACCAGUUCCCAGAGCACGCACAUCAGCCUGAUAAUGAAAGACUUGGUAGAUUUGCCUUUCUUCGGAAAGUAAAGUCCAUCAUCAGAAGAGACCCAUCAAUUCCAACCAGAAUGGCAUACGACCAAGUAUUCGCCAUACUCCCCAUUCAUGAAAGGAUCAAUGUUCCUAUGUUCGAAGAAAUUCGAAGUUCCCUUCAGCGCUGCAGGGCAUCGUUACUCCCCGCUCUCCCACGUAAUAUUGCAUAAGUGAAUAUCCAGGGAACAUGGGCGGAAUCUUGGGAAGGAGACAGAAAGCUGCUAGCAAUAAACAAUGAUGUUGGAGUGGCUAUCUUCGCAAGCAGGCAAGAACUCCAAAUUCUUGGACAGUUCAACGAAGUGUACAUUGAUGGCACUUUUCAUACAGCGCCUACCCCCUAUACCCAGAUCGUGACUCUUCAUGGUCGAUAUCGUGGAUGGGUUCUAGCCCUUGGAAUGUGUAUGGUCACAGGAAAGCGUGAAGAUCAGUAUAGAUACAUUCUGCAAGAAAUAAAGAGAGGAGUUCUUGAUGCCACAGAGGCACCAUUUACACCACAUAUGGUGAUCACCGAUUUCGAAGUGGGGCUAAUGAAUGCAAUCAGAUCGGAGCUACCAAAUGCACUUAGGAGAGGUUGCUACUUCCAUUUUUGUCAGAGUCUAUGGCGAAAAGUUGCUGAGCUUGGCUUGAAGGUUGCAUUCAACGUACAUCCUCUCCUACAAAAAGUUCUGGGCAACAUUCUGUCUCUCGGUCAUCUUCCGGUUGCACACAUUGCGAUGAACUUUCAGACAUACACCAACAGCAGACAUGUUCAGGAGAUGGUGCAGCAGUAUCCAGCACUGCGAACGUUCUUCGCGUAUGUGGAACAGACAUAUGUUAAUGGACCUGUCUUCUCAGUCCAUUUCUGGAAUGAGUACAACCGCACCAUGGAGACAAGAACAAACAACUACUGCAAAACCUUUCACAACAGAUGGAACAAGUGUUUGGCUGUUCCACAUCCAAACAUCUGGCGUGUGAUACGCCGUAUCAAAGAUGAGGGUAGCAGAACCCUGAACCUUCUUCAGCGGGUGGAGAGAGGAGAUCGGCUCCCCAGGAGAAGGAGAAAGUGGAGGGAAUUGGCGCGAAGGAUAACUCGAGUUCGGAGAGAAUUCGAACGAGGAGAUAGGAAUCUCAUUUCAUUGUGGAACGCCGCUGUUCAUUUUAGCUAAACAUACAUUUAACAUGUUUAAUAAGCUCACUUUUUUAGAACAGUGUUAAGUAAUAAUUACAUGACAAUCACGACGUGAAUGAUUCUAUAGAGUUUGUCGUUUUCCUUUACCAUGCAAUGUCUUAUCAAAGAUCAAUAUAUAUCAAGCAGAGAAAAAUUGUCGAGUUUAUUAUUGAAAGUGCUAAAAAAUUAUAUAAUUACAGUGAAAAAGGUGAAUGAGUAUUCACGACUUAAUUGUCGUUUCAGCAAAACAUACAUUUAACAUGUUUGAUAAGCUCACAUUAUUUUAGAACAGUGUUAAGUAAUAAUGACAUGAAAAAUCUACGACGUGAAUGAUGCUAUAUAGUGUGUCAUUUUCCUUUACCAUACAGUGUCUUAUCAAAGAUCAAUAUAUAUCAAGCAGAGAAAAGUUGUCGAGUUUAUUAUUUAAAGUGCUAAAAAUAAUAUAAUUACAGUGAAAAGGUGAAUGAGUAUGCAGGACUUAAAUUUGUCUAUACUUUGUCGUUUCAGCAAAACAUACAUUUAACAUGUUUAAUAAGCUCCCAUUUUUUUUUUUUGAACAGUGCUAAGUAAUAAUGACAUGACAAUCACGACGUGAAUUAUUCUAUAUAGUGUAUCAUUUUCCUUUACCAUGCAAUGUCUUAUCAAAGAUCAAUAUAUAUCAAGCACAAAAAGGUUGUCAAGUUUAUUAUUAUAAAGUGAUAAAAAAUUAUAUAAUUACAGUGAAAAUAGUGAAUGAGUAUUCACGACUUAAAUUUGUCUAUACUUUGUCGUUUCAGCAAAACAUACAUUUAACAUGUUUAAUAAGCUCACAUUUUGUUUUUUUAGAACAGUGCUAAGUAAUAAUUACAUGACAAUCACGACGUGAAUGAUUCUAUAUAGUGUGUCAUUUUCCUUUACCAUGCAAUGUCUUAUCAAAGAUCAAUUUAUAUCAAGCACAGAAACGUUGUCAAGUUUAUUAUUAUAAAGUGAUAAAAAAUUAUAUAAUUACAGUGAAAAUAGUGAAUAAGUAUUCACGACUUAAAUUGUCUAUAGUUUGUGGUUUCAGCAAAAAAUGCAUUUAACAUGUUUAAUAAGCUCACAAUUUUGUUUUUUUUAGAACAGUGCUAAGUAAUAAUGACAUGACAAUCACGACGUGAAUGAUUCUAUAUAGUGUGUCAUCUUCCGUUGUCGAGUUUAUUAUUUUAAAGUGAUAAAUAAUUAUAGAAUUACAGUGAAAAUUGUGAAUGAGUAUUCCCGACCUAAAUUUGUAUAUAGUAUGUCAUUUUCAUUUCUCCGUCAAUGUCUAAUCAAAGAUUUGAAUAGUAAUGACAGACGAGUUUCUACGUUUUUAUAUUUGAAGAGUUUAGUUACAAAUGGGGUUAGGUCCACUUUUUACCAUUCCGAGAAAAAUCACGUUUUUUAGUCUUACUUAUUGCAAUACUCUUAUGAGAAACUCAAUUGUCAUGAUGUACUACCCUAUCAUGUGAACAUAAAAUGGGGUAUAAAAGAAAUAUACCACUCUUCAUUUUUUUCUAUAUAUUCCUUAAAAAAUAUCAUUGUGGACCUAACCCCUUUUGCAACUAAACUGAAAUAAAUCAAAUGUAUUAUGAUUAGAAAGGUGAUAUUUCUUUGCCACUUUUAUUCACGUUUUCAUGUGAAUUUCAAAUUUUCGUUGUUUUUAUCAGAAAGACUAAAAAUUAUGAGGUUUUGAGACAGAAAAUAAAAAUUUAUGAACAGUGGACCUAACCCCCUUUGACAAAUUAGCUAUUCAGAAUAGUUUGCUCGCAAAAGGGGUUAGAUCCACUCCAAGAAAAUCUCUUUUUUAAUUCGCCCAUAUUGCAAUAUUCUUAUGCGAAACUAAAUUUUCGUGAUACCCUACCAUGAGAACAUAAAUUUGUGUAUAAAAGAAAUCCACCUGUCUUCAUAUUUUUGUAAAUAUUCUUUUCCAAAAGAAUUAUGUGUGGACCUAACCCCUUUUGAAAAAAGGUGAUUUUUCUUUGCGAUUUAGAUCACUUUUUAAUGGGAAUUUCAACUUUUCUUUGGUAUCAUCUUAUAGAGCUACUACAAAUCUAUACAUUAAGAAAAAAAAAAUCAAAUUUGAUGAAAAAUUGACCUAACCCCUUUUGCAAGUGAGCUCUUCAUUAAAAAGGAAAGCGUUCAGAAACAUUAUUUCAUCAUAGUGAGUGGAUAUUCAUGACUUAAACAUAUUCAAUGUUUCUAUAGUUUGUUAUUUUCUUUUCUGCAACAAUGGUUUAUCAAAGAUUUCUAUGUAGUAAGAACAGAAAAGUCGUUGAGUUUAAUAUUUUAAAAAUGGUUGAAAUACAUUUGAUCACAGUGAAAUAAUUAUCACGACUGAAAUGUUUCUGUUUUUUUCCAUUUUCUUUUCUGCAACAAUGCCUUAUCAACGAUUCUGUUUAAAAUUGUUGUUUUUGACAGUGAAAGGAUAUUCACUACUUAAAUGUUUCUUAAGGUCGUCAUUUUCUUUUCUCGAGCAAGAUGACAUGUUUUCAAUACCCAGAAUUGGAUAAAGUUUUAACCAAUUUUUGUGUGGACAGUGUGUUGUCCAACAUUUAAGAGUGUAUAUUGGAGACAUUUCUGAAAGAUGUCCAUGUUUUAUUUGUGACUAUUAUUUAUGUUAAAUUGUUUGACAUGUUUGAGAUAGUUAAUAAAAGAGUUAUUACUGUUU